AUGGCACUGACAGAAGCCAAACACCAAGCCAGAAAGUUUAGUAGAGCCUUGGAGAAGCUCUACAAAGAUAAUGUUGUUCCGGAAGAGCAUGAGUACAGGGGUGGUGUCCGCUACAUCAAAUAUACGGAAAAAUUUUGUUCCUUGCUGGAAGAGGUGACAGCAAGUGAUUAUGUUCAAUGUAAUGAAGGAAUUUGGGUUCUUAACGCAAUCUCAGAAUCUCUGAGAUGGGCAGAAAGGAGCCAGGAAGAUCAUAUGCCUGUACCACUCUCUGAAGACAGUCCAACAAACGCAAGUGAAAAAGACUCCAAGGAGCAUUCCGAUGAAAAACUUCAACUAUGA